AUGAAACAAGGAAAAUAUGGAUAUUUAUUAAAUCAAUAUUCAAUUAUAAUUGGUAUUUAUACUAAUCUUGAUGAUUUAUGUAAUUCAAUUAAAGAACAAAUUGUUCUUGUUAGUAAGCAAAUACAAACAUUUUCUUUUUUUGCUCAACAUGAAAGAUUGACCAAAGAUUUAUCCAAAGAAUCAGCACAGUUUCUUUGGCUUCAAGUUUUCAAUUAUGUUAUUGCUCGUCUCCCACGAAAUCAACAAGCAAAAGAACAAAUGAUUCAAAUGUGUAAAGAAUAUUAUCGUGGAAAUCGAACAGAAAUCAAAUUAAUUGAAGAGUUUGAACAACAUUAUAAAGCAGAAGAUGCAAUUCGUUGGUAUUCAAAGCAAUCAUUUAUUUAUAAAUUAGUUAAUAAAGCAUUAAGAACAGAAGAUAUCGAACUAUUGUAUAAAUUUCGGUUCUUUAUUGGUGAUCUUUCUGAAAGCCUUCAAUGCCAACAUAAAAAUAUCGUAGAAUCAGAAGAACAAAUUUUGAAUGUUUAUCGAGGAACAACACUUGACAGAGAAGAAGUUCAAAAAUUAAAACAAAAUAAGGAAAAACUUAUUUCAACAAAUGGAUAUUUAUCAACUAGUCGAGACAGAUCAUUAGCAUUAAGUUUUGCAUUGAAACCAACAAAAAGAAUUGAUGUUGUUUCUACUCUUUUCCAUAUUCAAUGUCAUAUUAAGGAAAUGGAUGAAAAUAUUAUUUUUGCUGAUAUUAGUGAAUAUGAUAAAUCACAAAACUAUUUUCAACAAUUAGUCACUGAUCCUAAUGAUGAAGAUCAAGCAUGGAUUGAAUAUAAUAUUGGACGAGCUCUUCUUUGUAAAGGUGAAUUGUACAGAGCUCGAGAAUAUUAUGAUCGCGCUUAUGAUCGGAUGAUGAAAAAUAAACCAGCACGAAUCAAAGAUUCUGCUCAUGUUCUCAGUGACAUUGGUGACAUUCUUCGUAAGCAAGGAAAAUACGAUGAAGCUCUUGAUUGUUACCAAAAAGCAUUACAAAUACGACAGAAAUGUUAUCCAUCUGGCCAUACCGAUACUGGUGCCACUUUCAAUAAUAUCGGCGACUGUUAUGAAAAGCAGAACCAGAGACAGAUGGCGCUUGAGUAUUAUCAUCGUGUAUUGGAUAUUUAUGAUAAGUUUCUUCCUAUUAACCAUCCAGAUCGGCAGAGAAUCGACAAGAACAUUCGUCGACUUACUGAAAAAAGUAAUUAAAUUGUACAGUAAAGAAUACGAUUUCUUUGUCAACAAAGAAACUUCGUUUUCUGUUUCGGUUGAGAGUGUUGGUGUGGAUGUGGAUGUGGGUUUGUGAGUAUCGAUGUGGUUUUUCUCUUAACGCACAACCACAUCCACACCAAAGUAAGAAGUUUGGUGUUAUGAUUUUCGCAUGGAUCCAUAAGAAUUAUUUAUUUUACAAUAGAAAAAGUGCAUACUGUUCAACCUAAACAGUCAAGUCCGAAAAAAAUUAUUUAAGAAAAUCUGCUUUCAAUAGAACGAAGAAAAAUAAUGUCAUUGACCGUUGAUGGAUCUAAGUUAGACCGUCGUUCAGUAAUGAUUUUACCCGCUGCGGGUGUAGAUGUCUAUCUUUACUUGAACUACACCUACACCCACACCCACACCCACACCCACCCACACCCCACACCC